CACUUAAAUUGAGGAGGAGAGGUUCUCACUCUCGCUGCCCACUCUCCUCCUUCUCCGGCCGCCGCCGCCAUCGCCGCCGGCCGUAGCAUGGUUCUUGCUUGACUGACCUGAAUAAACAGUAGGGGUGAUGUCGAUGGAGGAGGCGGAGGAGUGCUCGGCGGCGUGCGGCUUCUCGCUGACGUGCCAAGAAGACGGCGCCGACCUCGGCGACGGCGUGGUCGACGACGACGACGACGGCGACGUAUUCUUGUUCUACAAUGCCGUUGCGGCGGCGGACGACGAGGAGGAGGAGGAGGAGUACGUGGAGCAGAUGGUCUCCAAGGAGGCUAGCUUCUGCUGCUCCUCUUCUUCCUCCCUCUUCGACGCCGCCGCCGGCGACGGCUACGGCGACGGCGACGGCGACGGGGACUGGUUCCGGCAAGCCCGCCUCGCCGCUGUCAAGUGGAUCCUCGAAACGAGGGGGUACUUCGGGUUCGGCCACCGGACGGCGUACCUCGCCAUCGCCUACUUCGACCGCUUCUGCCUCCGGCGACGCGUCGAUAGGGAGGCGAUGCCGUGGGCGGCGCGGCUGCUGUCUAUCGCGUGCGUGUCCGUGGCGGCGAAGAUGGAGGAGUACCAGUCGCCGGCGCUGUCGGAGUUCGACGCCGGCGGCGGCCGCGUGUUCUGCUCGGACUCCAUCCGCCGGAUGGAGCUGCUCGUGCUGUCCACGCUGGGGUGGCGCAUGGGCGCCGUCACGCCAUUCGACUUCCUCCCCUGCUUCUCCUCCCGCCUCCACCGCCACCACCACGGCGGCGCCGGCGCCGCCGGCCAUGGCGCCGCCGCCGCCGCCCGCGUUGCCCUCAACGCCGUCGGCUUCAUCUUUGCCACAGCUGAAGCUGGAAGUGUGCUAGAUUACAGGCCAUCAACUGUUGCUGCAGCUGCAAUCUUGGCUGCAUCCUAUGGAGCUCCACUGACAAAAGAAGCAUUGGAGUCCAAGAUGAGCAACCUUUCUCCAUCUUGUCUUAUUGACAAGGAGAAUGUACAUGCCUGCUACAGUAUGAUGGUUGGGGACAUGAACAACAACAGGAGGAGCAGCAAGCGACCAUUGCAAUGUUCAGACUCCAAUGAGAUUACCACCACCAGUACAUAUGAUUCUGUUCUUGUUGAUGAUGUUACCGACACCGCCGCCUUCGCUGCGACGGCGAUGAAUAAGCGGCUCAGGCCAGAGCCGCCGCGAAUCCGUUGAGGAAGCUAGCACCACCAGGGACACACAAUUUUUAGUCAGAUGUCUAGGGGGCGCUUGGUUUGGAUCUUCUCCUUUUCCCCUUCUUUUUUUCUCCCUUUUUUUGACAUAAGUUUCCAAAAUAUUUAUUAGGUUCUUUGAGCCAUUGCCAUUGGUUGGCAUUUGGCAAAUGUUGUUGGAUUGGAUUGGUUUGGUUUGUGAGAAGGAGAAGAGAUAAUGAACAAAGGAAAAAAGGGGCUGAGUGAGCUCUCCUAAGGAGAGGAGAGCUUGAGUUACUUGAAGCCCCAAAUUCCAGUGCCCAAAUGGAGCACAUUUCCUCUGAAAACUUUAGUCCAAAGCUGCACAAUUUGAAAUGCCAUUGUGGAUGCCAUGUUUCAUUGCACUGCAUGUCUGCAUAUGGUGAAGAUGCUGUUGCAUGCAGAAGUUGCAAAACCAGCAGCAGUGUUCAGAAAAAGGUUGGCCAUUGUUUAUACAGCCUCUCUGUUAUUUUUUUCCCUCUCUUCUUGCAAGUGGAUGAUGUGUGAGAGAGUGUGGGGUUUCACUCAGCUGCACUGCACUUGCAUGGGGUUACUAUACCACAUUGGUUUUUGUUACAAGCUAUGCCAUAUUGGAUUGGUUGUCACUGUAAGCUUCUGUAACCAGUAACCCUCUCCCUGUUCUUGAGAAAUGAAAUCUGAUUUCAUUUGGUGUA